CCAGAUCCAGCCUCUGAGCCCAGACCCAGCAGCCAGCAGUCUGAAGCCCAGCUGGGCUGAAGGGUCGUGUCUCCUGUGAUUUAUGCCUCACUGGACAAAGAUGGGCGAUAAAUACCGCUACCCGGUUUAUUUUGAAGGUGGCAGACUGUCCCAGGAGCAGAAGAGGAGAAUUUCAAAUUAUUUCCAGAUCAAACGUAAAUCAGGCGGAGGAGAGUGUUCACCUGUGGAGGAAGUGUCGGAAAACAUCUACAGGAUUGCUUUCAGACGUCAAGAAGAUCAACAGGCGGUACUGCAGCGGACGCAACAUGUCGUAAAGCUUAAGGAAGAGAGUCUGACAUUGACUGUCAAGGAAAGUCUGGACCCUCAAACCUCUGAACACACCUCCUCCUCCUCCUCCACCUCCUCCUCCUCCACCUCCUCCUCCUCCUCCCGUCCAGCUCAGACUCCACAGGUGAUUCCUCCAUCACCUCCACCCCCAAGUGGUGAAGACUAUGAAUUACACCCUGAUGGUUCCCUGAGGGAAAGUCUGCAGGCUUCUGCCUGCUCUGCUCCAUUUGACCCAGCAGAACAGGUUUCAGUCAAGAGUCCAGCUGUGGAGGAAGUUGACUCUUUACUUGAAUCCUUCAGCUCUCGUCAGGCCAGAGAUGAGUUUUCCCAGCUGAACUCCACGGUAGAAGAGGUAGAGGGCAGGUCUUCUUUGAGAGACAGUUUGGCCUCUGGAAACAGAACCUUGACCACAAACAGCCCAUCAAGUGGUGCAGAGAUCCAGAUGGAAGCUGCUGCACAGAUCCCAGCAGGACGAACCACCCGAGGAGGCGGAAUCCACGUAGAGAUCAUUCAGGGAACCAUUGAAACCCAACAGGUUGAUGCUCUGGUAUCACCAAUGAUCGGCUACAAUCUUCAAACGACAGGGAUUGGAAACACUUUACACCAGCGGGUUGGGCCACAGCUGAAGGCAGCAUUUAAAGCAGCAGCAGGCUCUGAAGUGAUGUUGGGCUUCCCUGUGCUGGUGGAGAACUUACCUGGACUCCCUUCACAUGCAGUGUUCUUCCUCAGUCUUUGUCCCUGGAACGGAGAUCCAGAUGGGGCUGCAGUUGAAGUUCUUAAAAUGGGCAUCGAUUCAAUCCUGACGACAUGUGACAGCAGAGGGUUUGGAUCUGUGGUGUUUCCUGCACUCGGAGCUGGACUGAUGUUGUCCUUUCCCAUCGCUGUCGUAGCCAAGGUUUUACUGGAAGGAAUUUAUACUUUCCAACAACAAAGAACCAGCAGCAGACCCCUGACGGUCCGCAUUGUCAUCCACCCAGACGACCACGUGUCCAGUGAGGUCUUCAUUUGUGCUGAAGAGGAGAUUCAUCGAAACCAGGUUCAAGGUUGCGCUGAACCCCCUUUCACACCCACAGCCAAACUGUCCGAGUCAAAGCGGAUCGUCCUGCUGGGAAAAACUGGCAGUGGGAAAAGCAGCCUCGCUAACAUCAUACUUGGAGAGAACUUGUUCACUGUACAUCAUUCUUCUGUUUCUGGAACUUCCACAUGUCAAUCUGAAACCAGAGAUAUCAGUGACAGAAAGAUCACUUUGGUCGACACGCCUGGUUUGUUUGAUACAGAAAGGUCAGAGGAAGAUUUGAAUCGUGAGAUCAUGAAGUGCAUUACAGAGUGUGCUCCUGGAAUUCACGGCUUUCUCAUCGUGCUGAGAGUUGAGAGAUUCUCAGAGCAGGAGCAAGCCGUCAUCAGCAGAAUAUGUGAGUAUUUCUCUGAAGACGCUCUGAAACACGCCGUGGUCGUCUUCACUUUCGGCAACGAGCUGCCCGAAGGGAUGAAAAUCGAGAAGUUCAUCAGAGAGAAUCAAAAGCUGAGCGACCUGGUGAACAGGUGCGGCGGCCGGUGUCACGUCUUCGACAACAAACACUGGAACAACAACACGCUGCAGAACGACUACAGGAGCAACCGCUUCCAGAGGGAAGAGUUACUGAAGACCAUCGACAAGCUAACGGUGGAAAGAAACGGCCAAUGCUACACCAACGACACGCUGCAAGCUGUGGAGGGAGAAAUCCAGACAGUGGAGGAGCAAAUCAGGCAGUCAUCUCCAGAAGACCUGCCACCAGAGGAGAUCAGAAACCAGGCCAGACGCCAAGUGGCAAACAGAUUUCUGAUCGAACUGGCCGGGGUCACAACAGGGAUUUUGUUGGGAGCUUUGUUUGGCGUAGAGGUUCUGGUUAGAGCAGUUGCAACGGUUGUGACACAUCCAUCUCAAGCAAUAAACCUUAUGAAGAAGGUUCCAGCAUUAAUGGGAGCACCUGCAGCGGCGGUGGCGGGAGGGGAAGCAGCGCUAGCCGUAGGAGUCGGGGCAGGUGUGACGGCAGCAGCUGUGGCUGCAACAGGAGGAGUUUUAGGCGGAAUUAUUGGACAUGAAGCGGCUCAGGGUGCAGAAACAGCGCAGGAUGCAGUGGAAAGGGCAGCGAAAGCUGUAAUCGGACAAAGAAAAAGUUUAAGGCGGCCUUAAGAAGACAUUUCAGUUAAGGAUGGGAUGACUAAUACAUUCCCGUCGGAGUGCAGCCAGCUGGACAAGCGUGUGUUUUCUCUGUGAUACGGGACACCAGACGACCACGCCGCCACCUAAACUCUCUGAACUGUGGCCGUCAGGCAAAACUUUCCGGAGCAUCCAAUGCAGAACCACCAGAUUCAAACAGCUUCAGUCCACAAGCUGUCAGUCGUGUUGUAGUACUUGAGAUCGGUCUUGAGACCACUUUUUUAAGGUCACGAGGGCAUUUAUACUCAGUCUUGUUUCGGUCUUGGGCACACAGGACUCAGAAAUUUACUAGGACACCAUCAAACUGAUUGGCUGUCCCUCGCAUUUUGCAAGUGAAUAUGCUACUGGAUAUGCCCAUAAGGUCGCCCAAAACUUUUACCCUUGGCUGCUACCAUGCGCGGCAAACCGGCGGAGCGCGGGACGCAUUCAGCAUUGCUGAGUAGCGAGUGUUAAUGUUGACAGACAGGGGCAUCGCUGUUAGGUUUUAAGGACAGGGGCGGCUUCACCCCUGGGAGAUGCACAGGGUGUGAGUGAACUUAGCGCAUGUAGAGCUGUUGUGGUAAAUCGCAAAAAUGAAUUAAGAAGCCCGCCGUGGUGCAUUGUGGUCCACCGUUAGCACUGCGCAGCCACUCUUCACAUUGAAUGAGUCGUUACAGGGCGGGACUGAGGCUCAGCCACAGGAAGCAGCUGACACCGUACUGGAACUUAAGAGGUGAUUACUAAGAUCAUGAGGCAGGUGGAGCUGCUUUAAAACUCACUCCGAGAAAUCAGUUUGAGCAGCGAUCGGGCCGCUCCCCGCUGAUUACCCGUCUUAGUCUUGGUCUUGACUCGAUCUGGACCCCUCAAAGUCUUGGUCUGGUCUCGAUACCCUGUGGUCUUGGCCGUGUCUUGGUCUCGGUCUUGACUCCUCAAAGUCUUGGUCUGGUCUCGAUACCCUGUGGUCUUGGCCGUGUCUUGGUCUCGGUCUUGACUCCUCAAAGUUUUGGUCUGGUCUCGGUCAUGACUUGGUCUUGUGCUGUCUUGGUCUCGGUCUUGUCUCGGUUUGGACCCCUCAAAGUCUUGGUCUGGUCUGGACUUGGUCUUGCUUUGUCUUGGUCUUGACUUGGUCUCAAUAAACUGUGUCUUGGCCAUGUUUUGAUUAUGGUCUUGACUCGGUCUUGCUUUAUGUUGGUCUCAAAAUCUUGGUCUGGUCUCGGUCUCGACAUCCUGCAGUCUUCGGCUGUGUCUUGGUCUCGGAUAACGAGGUCUCUACAUCAAGCUGUCAGAAUCCUGAACUGCUGAUCCACAUGAGCACACACUCUGCACUUUAAUCCAACACUUUACCUACACACACACUACAAUCCUGCUGUUCCAGCACUCGGACCAGUUCUCCCACUGAUUCUGUGUGUGGGCAAGAGGGACGGUGUGGCUGUAUAGAAAUAUAUUUAUGAAUGUUAUGUUUUCUCAUUUUGCUGGCACAAUAAAAGCUCGACUGAUUGAUGAUGUUUCAUGAAAUAAGAACUGGUAUUGUGGUGAGAACUAGAGGAAUGGAGAAAGAUGUUUUAGUGGAGAACUGUAACAGAAAAACAGAUGAAAUGUACUGAAAAUCAAACCACAGAGAGUUUGAAAGCAGCCAUAUUCCAUUCUCAAGUUAAAUUUCUAAAUGUUGUAAUUUAUCAUCCCUUGCAUAAUUUCUGUUGAUUGGAAAUUUUCUUUUCUUUACUUGUUCCCUGCUGUCAUUUAGAUUUUUUUACUGAAUUGAAAUUGUUAAUCCAAUCUUUUACAAUUUUGUUUAAAGGCAAUUUUACUUUUUGACUCCAGAAAUCAUGAAUGCAUUUUUCUCAUCUAUAAGUUUGAGAUCUUGAAUCUUUUGAAGACUUAUUUUAUUUCAUUCUAUUUUUCAGAAUUUUUCUGUUGUUUUCAUCCUUAUUUUUAAUUAAAACGUUUUUUUUUAAUUCUUUUUAAAAUUUCAUUUCAUUUUCAUGCAGUUGAAAAUCUCUGAGUUUUGUGUAUUUUAAUCGUUUAAAGAUGAAUUUCUCGGCCUUUAUCUGUGAAGGUGUGAUGCAGCCACAGCUGUUCAGACAGGAAACGCCUCUCUUCUCUCGUCAGCUGCAGCGAGCGGAAAUGUUAAGUCAGAUGAGGAAACCGUUCCAUUGAACUGUCCAGUGUUAACUCGGAAUCAGUAAGAGUUCAUGUAUCAUUGAUUCUCUGAAGCAAUGCUUUCGAUUAUAAUCAGUGUUUAAAAUACAAUAAACAUGAAAACUGCUUCAGAAAAGAUCCUUGUUAUUUAAAUUUCAUCUGGAGGAAUCAUUUCAAUAGUUAAAACUGUUAAAAAGCAAAUUACCGGCAGGUUUUCUCCUGAAAUCUUUUCUUGAAAUGAGAGUUUUGCUUCUUUAUAAACAUCUUCUUUUGACAUUCCUCCAUCACUAAUCUGACUUUACUGAGCUGUGAUUGGACGGACUGAGAAUCUGAAGCUGCAGGAAUAAACAGGAAUAAAAUAAAUAAAAAGGAAUAAA